UUUAUUGUUUUUUUAAUUGUUAUACCAUGAAGGUUUUAGUGUAUUUAUUUGUGAUUGCUGUUUUUGUGUUUGUGGAAUGUAACCAUACAUUUAUGGGCUCGAAUGUGUUUCGACCCCUGUUAUUUCAUCGGAAUGUUCGGUAUACCUCGAACUUGUGGAGAAAACGCGUGGAAAAUUUUACUUACACAAUACCUUCUACCUCGUACCCGUACUAUAGACCAACUAUCCAGGGAAUAUUGGCGUAUGAUUUGACCAACUCCAGCGCAACAGCAAACGUCACUCAAGGAGGGAUCGGCUUUCAAUUUGUGACGCUAAGAAUGAAGAGUGAUAAAAACCGUGAAAUUAAUUAUGAUAUUUAUAUCUAUGGUUAAUGUAUAUAAAAAACGAUAAAUA